AUGAUACCUUGCUUCUCUAGAUUACCUGAAUCCCUUAUAUUUCCUAUACAAACAACUUCUAGUCAAUCUGUCAAAACUAUUCAUGAUACUUUUAGAUUUGGUCUUAAAUCUUCAGAAUUAGAUAUUAAUUCGUAUCAUGAUUUAGAGGUUUUUCUAAAAAGAUGGAAGUAUGAGGAACAUGAAUCGAAAAUGGAAUUGUUAAAUAGAAUUUUUGGCAUUUCAGAACCUAUUCGUCGUAAAAUGGAAUUGAAGAUUAUUGAUUCUGAAUUUAGGCCUAUCAUUUUUGGAAGGUCAAGCAAUAUUCAUCAUGAUAUACUUACUGGAAAUGAUAGUAGUGUAGAUAUUGAUGAAAUUUUCUUAGGUGAUGAGGAUUGCUUUGUCGAUUUCCAUAGUGAAUUGGAGAAAAGAAUAUUUAUACAAUAA